AUGAACCUGAUCAUGUUCGUUGUAAGUUUUGUCAAGGUUUCCUUGGAGUGUAGACAAGCACAGCAGUUCCUUUCCAGAGAGCUCCCAGAGAGGUGCCGAGAUACGUUACAUCACAUUAAACACGUCAGUGCCGCCAAUAUUACGUCAACACUUGAUAUUGUUUUAAAUCCGAGGAAAUACGACAGACGACUAAGACCAGGAUUUAAAGAGGAACCAGUGGUCAUUUAUACAGACAUACUUCUGAGAUCGAUGGGACCAAUCUCCGAGAAAGACAUGGUAUAUUCCAUCGAGAUAUAUUUUCGACAGAGAUGGAUGGAUGCAAGACUGGCCACAAAUAUGUCUAUUGAGAACAUCUCUCUCAACAUCAAAGUGCUGGAUAAACUCUGGCAUCCCGACACAGUCUUCUACAAUGGUAGACAGUCUUAUCUCCAUUUUGUCCCAACUCCAAACCGAUUUAUACGAAUAAGUCCUAAUGGUUCCAUGUAUUUAUCACAAAGAUUGACUGUUAGAGCAGUUUGUCAAAUGGAGCUUCAGAAUUACCCUCUAGACUCCCAGAUCUGUGACCUCAAGAUAGGCAGCUUCGCCUACACAACCGAAGAGGUCGUGUAUGUUUGGCGUUACGGUCCAUUGAACUCUGUUCAGCUGUCUAAUGACAUGGCCAUGUCCCAGUUUGAUCUCAUUAAUUACUCUGCCACUUACUCUAACGUUUCCAGAAAAGGAGCUAUUCAUUCCUGCCUGACGGUCCGGUUUGGUCUCAGGAGACACACGGGGUAUUUCCUACUACACGUGGUUACUCCGUGCUCAUUACUAGUGGUACUAUCUUGGGUCUCAUUCUGGAUUAAUAGGGAGGCUACAGCAGAUAGAAUUGCUCUUGGUACAACCACAGUUUUAACUAUGACAUUUCUUGCCCUUGAUACCCGAGAUGAACUCCCUCGAGUCUCCUAUGCCACUGCGCUUGACCUGUACGUCUCUAUGUGUUUUAUCUUCGUCCUUUCCACUCUUGUACAAUUUGCCAUUGUUCACCUGUUCACCAAGAGAGGUCAUAGUGAUACGCAUCCCCAUCCCAAAAUAGACAGUUCGGAUGAAGAAAAUGCACCUACCCACAGAAAACUACAGCCCAGAACUACCAAAAGGAUAGCGUGUACUGAACAGAAUAUUCAAAAGAACCGAGUAUUCGUAUCCAGAGUUGAGAGUCAGAUGAAAGUGUGGUUUUCCAGCUUAAAGUUCAAAGGUCAUUCUGUCCGAGGAAAAGGUCGAGAUAUCCAAGCUAACAGUGUGAGCCAGAUUGACAAGGUGUGUCGAUUUGUUUUUCCAGUUACAUUUGUUAUCUUAAACAUAGCAUACUGGUCAUUUUACUUGACCAGAAACGAAUUUAAAAGUAUGUGAAAAUACUUGCCUUA